UAUUUUUUCAAUCUUCUUUCCAAUCCGCUCAUCAGGUUGUCUUUUAUUUUGAAGUGGCGCCUCUGUCAGGGACGUGCAGCGCGCUGUCUGGGCCGUGUGUCUGACCCAGCAUUUAAAGGAGGACCGGUGCUGGUGGAGAGGGGAUCAACAGUCUCCUCAGGAACCAGACAGCAGCGGGACGUUUCUCUGAACCCGGGUCUGAGUCUGCAUCAUAGUGACGAUGGCGGAGGGCUCGCACUGUUUCUACUGCCGCGAGGAUCUUGCUGGGAAGAGGUUUGUCCGAAGCGAGGGGAAGCCGGUGUGCGUUCGCUGUCACACCAAGUUCUGCGCCAACUCAUGCGCCGAGUGCCACAGACCCAUCUCUGUGGAGACGAAGGAGCUGAGCCACAGAGGGCGUCACUGGCAUGAGGAGUGUUUCCGCUGCACUAAGUGCUACAAGCCUCUGGCUAAGGAGCCGUUUAACACCAAGGAUGAGCGCAUCAUGUGCGUGAAAUGCUGCUCCAGAGAUGCUGCUCCCCGCUGCCACAGCUGCUAUAAACCCAUACUGGCUGGCAUUGAGAGCGUGGCAUAUAAAGGGAACUCGUGGCACGAUGAAUGUUUCACCUGCUGCAGCUGUAAGCGACCCAUAGCAUCACAGAGCUUCCUCACCAAGGGAGAUGAUGUUUACUGCAACCCCUGCUACGAUGAGAAAUUUGCCAAGAUCUGUGUCAGCUGCAAAAAACCAAUAGCCUCUGGAGGAGUGAACUACCAAGAGCAGCCAUGGCACAGCCACUGCUUCGUGUGCAGCUCCUGCUCAAAGCCUCUGGCCGGCUCCAGUUUCACCACCCACCAGGACCAGGUCUUCUGUGUGGACUGCUACAAGAGCUCAGUGGCAAAGAAAUGCAGCGCCUGCCAGAACCCGAUCACAGGUUUUGGUAAAGGAGUGAAUGUUGUAAACUUUGAGGGCAGCUCCUGGCAUGAAUACUGCUUCAACUGCAAGCGAUGCUCCCUCAGUCUGUCCAACAAACGCUUCGUGGCCAAAGGUCAAGAAAUCCUCUGCACUGAAUGCGGCAACGAGUGAUGGUCAACAGUCUCUCUGUCCAUCUUCAUCAAAUAAAGUCCAAAUUUCAACUUCCUGUUAUCUGUUCCUGUUAUGUUCAAGGAUGAAAAGAACUAAAGACUUUCUGAUGCUUAUAAAACCUUCAACCAAAAUUUUGCCGAAUAAUUGUCUGUUGAUCUGUUUUCACCUAAAAAGGAUGAAGAAUCUGUAUCUUUCAGCAUGAAACUAGAAUUAAGUCAAAUUUGACUUUUUUUAUUUGCAGGAUGUCAGAAGAACUAAAUAUAUGAGCAUCGUUUGAGUAGAGUUAAUUUUGUUCAUUUAUAAUAUAAAUAACUGAACAUUUUAGUGCCUUUAAAGUUAAAAUAAACCUUUAUUAAAGUCAGGUUUAACAUGUUUUGUUAAAGCAUUUGCAAAAGGAGAGGUGCUUUUGAAACCUUCAGUAAACAGUUUUUUACUUCAUGAUAGACACAUUUAUCUUAAGCUGAUAUAUAUCUUGAUGUUUUUCUCAAGAAAAAUCUAAUAAACUUUCUAUAAAAUCCUG